AUGAGUCUCAGUAUAUCGAAAUUUUUUUCGAAAAAGAAAACAACUACUGACAAUAGUGUCGCUGAAAUAGGUUUGCCUACAAAUGUUUUUCAUCAAUUCCAUGUAAUUAAAAAUGAAGAAACGGGCCAACUCGAAGGAUUACCAGAUCCUUGGAUUCGUUUACUCAACACUCAAAUUUCAAAAUCAGAACAAGAUUCACACCCAGCUGCAGCUCUUCAAGCAAUUAAAUUUUAUAAUUAUUCGAUAAAAAAAAAGCCUGUUGAAGAAGUUUUCAAGCCAUUUGUUACUGAAGAUUUAAUUGAAGAAGAAUCCCAGGAAAUUGAUCAAAUUUUGAUGAAAAAAUAUAAAUCAAAUGAUUCCCAAAGUUCUAAUUCUGCUAGUAUUGACGGUCAGGAGCAUACUGUGCCAGAGUUACCAAAAAAAAUUAGUAAACCUCCGAAGCCACUUCCGAGAAAGCAUACCGAGCGUGUUGAUAAAACUUUGACAGAAAUUUUAGAAGAUCUCAAUGCUUAUCAAUUAGACGACAGUAGUUUGACGGAAGACAAAGAAACAAUUGAAGAAGAAAGUCCUGUUCUUCGUAAAAAAAGUGACAGUUCAUUAGAACGUUUCAGGCAAGGUGAGUAA